GCACGCGCUGCUCUCCGCCGCCAGCGCGCUGCUCCGCCCCGCCGACGCCAUCUCCGCUCGCCCGCUGCCCAUCGAGGAGCCGAUGCCCCCCGACGUCAGCGACGUCAGUGACCUCCGCGACGUCGUCGACGCGAUCAACAAGCUGUGCGAGACUAUGAAGACUUCGUACGACUACGACGACCAGACCGAGGAGGUGGAAACUAAAGGGCCUUCGGAACCUGAAGCGUGCCAAACUGUAACGGACGCAGAGGAGACAUCGAGCGAACCGUCGUUGGCGGCGGAAAUCGCGGCCGAGAUGUACUACUCGGCGAUCGCAGAGGCGUCGCUGGACGUGUGGAACGACUCCAUCGGCGAAGUCACUCGAGCGGAGCCGGCUCCGGCCUACGAUACUUUCUACAACGCGCUGAGCGACGGGGACAGGAAUACGGGGAGUUCGGAGGAGCAUGCCCCAGUAAAAAGUGCUCAGAGUCCAGUGGAAUUUGCGACUUGUCGCGCAGCAUUUAAAAGCAGUCCCGUGGAGGCCGUAGAAUUUGCGACCUGUCGCGUAGAAAUUAAAACGGGUCCUCCAGAAGUCGCACCGGGUGAAACUGAACCUUCGAAAGAUUUUGCAGAGAUAGAAACCGCUCAUUCGAUGGAUCCAGUGGCGACUGAAAGUGAUCACAGGAGGGGCCAGAGUAGCGAACUCGCGGAGACUCAGUCCAUAACGAGCGAGGAGAGAAAAACCGAAGGGGUGGCGUACGAGACCGCCAGCGAGAUGUACUACACCGCCUCAUCCGAAGUGUCGCUGCUCUCCGACGCGGAUAUGAUGGAGAAAAUGACCGAUGAGUCGGACAAGGAGAAGAGCGAUAGGAACAUAAUGGCGGGCCACGUGGCGGCCAUGAGGGAGCGGUUCGAGAGCAUGACGCGGGCCAACACGCCCUGCCCCGACCUCGUCAGAUCUCUCUCGCCUUCAUUAGACAUGUUCAGAAACAUAACUCCUUCCCCAGACUUCUUAGAUAAGUCGUAGUAAGCCAAACUUUCGCAGCGCUAGACAAACAGUAGCAACGAUGUUCCUAGGUACCCCACAUUACAGAUUUUAUCCAAACCAGAAUUAUUAUAUUAGAGUUUUGUGAUUCCUUUACUAGAAUUUUAUAUCAUUGAUUUAUGGUGCCAUAUCCAGCACUGGUUAGGUUAGUCGGGAAUUGUAUAUCCGUUGAUAGAAACACAACUAGUCUUCGUUAUCCACGAGUUGGAGUAGUUUAGUGUCAAAAUUCAUACUUGGUGAGGUUGUGAUAUUAUUUACUUUCACAAUCGAACGAACAGUUACAUAUCGAAGAUUUACAUUUUAGUCUGGUAGUUAAAUUGUAUCGUCGACAGUAGGACUGUAAGCUCUUUCAUCAACAUUUUGACAACUUGUAUUAUAUUUCUGGUAAAUCGAUAGGUAAGUGAUAGCCUUGUCAAAAUCUUGAUGAAAACCAGCCUAAGUAUUAUAUUUGAAAUUUUGAAGCGCUCAAAUUUUGUAGUUUUAUAUUAAUGUAAUAUUAGUGCUGAAAGACCAAGUAAUGGAUGAUAGAUGUUAUGAGCGAUACUUACUGUAAUAAGCCUUUCUGAACGUGGUUGGGAGUUUUGAUUAAGUCACAUUCAAUACUUACUUCAUUUAAUUUCUUCCUUCACCAUAACUGCUAUUACACUUAUUUCUAGACGUGCCUUUAUAGUGCUACUUUUCGCUCUGCAUAUUCGACUAAUUACCGCUUCGUAUUAGCUACAUUUAAUUUUGUUACUAGUAAAUAAAACUAAUUGAUUGCGAUCAGACAUUUAAUAUAGACUGUAUAUUAAUACUUACUUGUAUCAGAGCAGAAUUGCACGGAAUUUAAAAUCUCUAACUUACCAUUGUACCCCUAUAGCACCACAUCUUUUAAAACUACCCACUUAUUAGUAUAAAAUUGUCAUCGAAAGGUUAAUUAUUAUUAUUAUCUUGUAAGUAUUCAAAAAGUCUGAUUAUAUCCAGACUUUAAUGCGAAAACACCAGAUUAUUAAACUUUAUAGGCCUUAAAUUGUAUUAGUAUAAAAUUUACAAGUACAAUAUUAUCGAGGGUAGUCUGAAGUCUAACACCGCGUUCAUUGAGAUCUGUUAUCUUUUUGUUAAAUUUAAUUGCCAUUUUAGUAGUAAGUACUUGUUCACUUAUGAAAUUAUCUGUUGUGAUUUUUAUUAUAGGAUUAUUGAAUUGAUUCAGUUAAUGUUGGUUUUUAUCGCUAUACAAGUAAAUUUUUUAUAAACCUGUUACUGUAGGGUUUUGGUAAUACAUACUAUAUUUAAUAAUGAGUAGAUGUGUAUAAGUGUGUUACAGUCUACAAGUGAGAAUGUUUAUGAUAAACAAUAUUAUAUGGCUUAAACU